UGCUGCCGUGACCUUUCUAAGGCCUUUACCAAAUCGUGUAGGUAUUUAUUUCUGAGAAGCCAGUGUGGUGGUAUUUAAUAUUAUUCCAAAAUCAUAAAUGAUGGAAGACUGUAGAACUGAAAUAACUCAUCCUGGUAUUCAUCUACCUACCUAGGUAGGUAUUAAAUGAUGCGCCAUCCUAUGUUGCUAAGUGCGAUGUCUCAUUGGUUCGUGAUUGAGCGCCGAGCGAGACGUCACGGGAGCCCGAUGAAUAAUUGAGGGAGGACCGCGCAUGCGCGAGUUCGCUCCCGGAGCCCCAGUAACGCUACAUCACUCCACCGAACUGAUGUUGCGUUGAAUAAACUCGAGAGAUGAGAGCGAAAUCGUAUUAAUUUUGGUGUGUUUUUAAGAUGUGUGCGUUGUAAUUGUUUGCUUUCGGUCGGGCGUGAGUUCAGUGCGCACGAUGCAGGCGGGGGGGCCGGACAGCACGGCGGUGUCGGAGGCGCCGAGCAGCGAGGACUCGGACUGCGAGCCGGUGCCGGAGCCCGACGCUGACGCCGCGCUCACCGAGGAGUGGGCGCGCGAGCUGCUGCUCGGCGCGGGCGUGGUCGGCGCUAAUGAGGUCAAUGUGGAAUCACGUGCUGGCGUGGCCGGGGCGCUCAGCAGGGUGCUAGCCGUCACGGUCGCCUACGAGAGCGGCGGCGAGCACCGAGCUCUGCCCCUGGUCGUCAAACUGCCGCCGAGAGACCCCUUCGGCAGACUCUUCGUGGCUGAAGCCCAGUUUGAUACCAGAGAGAUCCUCUUUUAUACAGAACUGGCCCCCGCCUUGAAUAAAAUAGCUGAUGAAGCGUUGGGCCCUGGUGCUGGACUGCCCAUCCCCAAAUGCAUAAAGGCUAGGUUACCAGAUGAAAUCGGAGGUGACAGUGAGCUUGUUUUGGAAGACGUAACUUCACUCGGUUUUGAAUCUGCAGACUUUGCCGAGGGUCUGACGGAAGAGAGAGCCAGAGCAGCGUUACACGCUGCAGCUCGAUUACACGCUUUGUCUCUCGCACUGCGUGAGAGAGAGGGACCUUUAGACCAAAGGUUCGACUUCUUAUUCCCAUGCGAGAGAGCGGCCGCCGGGUACCUACGUCUCGUGAGAAGAGGGCUGCCCCAGCUCGAAGCGUUUCUAAGAGAACGAACCGACUGCGUCGAGGAAGCGGCGGCCGUGUCCGCGCUAGUGGCGCGAGCUCCCUCCCUGCUCGGCACACUCCUGAGACCGGCGGAACCGGCGCCGCUGGCUCAUGCGGACUUCUGGAGCGGAAAUCUCCUGUUCCGGGAAAGGGAGGGGGUGACCGAGUGUAUCGCGCUGGACUGGCAGAUGGUGUCGCUGGGGCGGCCGAUGGACGACGUGGCGCUGCUGCUGCUGUCGUCGCUGACGCCGGAGCUGCGGCGCGCGGCGGGGGACGCGCUGGUGGAGGAGUACGGGGAGCGGCUGGAGCGGGAGUGCGCGCGGCUGGGCGCGGCGGCGGCGGGCGCGCAGGUGCGGCGCGGGCUGCGGCCGGACUGGGCGCGCGCGGCGCUGCGGGCGCUGCUGCUGUGCGCCGGCAGCGUGGACGUGGCGCUGGGCGAGCCGCGCGCCGAGGCCCGCCUGCUGGAGGCCGUGCGCGACUUGCACGCGCAGGGCGUGCUCGCCCUCAAACCGGACACGGACGGUUCUGUGUGAACGUGUGCCAAGCGCGUGCCGAAUUUUCGAUUGCCGAUUAUCAUUGUAUGACUUGCAGUCCGGUAACGAUGUAGUGUAUUUAGUUUCCGAAUGUUUAAAGCACAAAUACGUUAGCCGUGUGUUAUUUAUUCGUCUUUAUUAACAACGAUUGGAUUCGUCGAAGGAGACGCCUCCUCCGUGUCUGGUGGCGGUGAGAAGCCUAAUCAAAGACUGAAUUUACGGUAUUACAUAGUGCAUUUGUGCGUGUGUGUACCUAACGUAGGUAUAUUGCUCAUCGUAUCAAAGGCUAGAGAUUCAUUGCGGUCUAUUGACUAUUAUUUAAAUAAAAAUUAAAUUAUCAAAGAC